AUGGAGCCUGAGGAGCACAAGGACCUGGAAACAGUCGUCCGCGACGCUCGGAAGGCGAAGAAGGCUGCUCGCGAGAGCGAGAGCGAGGCAGUGCAAGGUGGGGACGUCGAGGCGUCUGCAGUCCAAGGUCAGCCUGCUGCUGGAUCACAAACUCAGGAGGAAGAAGUUUCCCCUGGGUUCCAAGGUUCGACGGAGGUGAAUUCUGGGUCGCGGAUUCCUGAAGUCCCAGAGGAGCACACCCGCGAGGGUGGUGCUCAGGCGUCUGAGGGAGGCGUCAAUGCGGUCGAGCCCCCGGAGGUGAUUGACUUGGUCUCAUCUUCGGACGAGUCUGUUGUGGAAGUGAAGUCGGAGCCCGUGCGAGCGAAGGAGGAGGCGAAGACUCAGAGUUCCAAGGUGAAUUCUGGGUUCGCACCACCUGAACCCAGAGUUUCAGCGCCAAGUUCGCAAGCGGCACCCAGGAAGACGCCUGAAAGCGACAUCCGGGAAGUUGCUGCGCCUGCUCCGGAAUCGGGAGCAGCGGCGUUGGACGCCGGGAGCAUGGUGCUGUACGUCCGACGUGAAGUUCGACGCUGGGAAGAGGUGAAUCCUGGGAAGGUGACGCCGCCAAGUGUCGUUUAUGAGUGGCCGACUCCGAAACCGGGUGCCAACUCGUACUUCGCGGCCGCGUACGCAACAGGAGACUACCUCAAGUGGCGUUUGUCUCUGGAGAAUCAAGAUGAAGCCUGGAUCUCUGAGUUUCACCUCGCCCGGUGGGGCGUCGGAACUGCUCAGGAUCUCAUGGCGACUACGACUCCCCAGAGUAUCAUGACCACCCGCGAGUGCGUCGCCAUUCUGCAGACUCUGUUCUUCGAAGCCGGAUUUGAGUUUGUCAAUUUGACCCCUGGCUGGUCUUCGACGCGUGUUUCCAGGAUUCCAGAAAGUCUGGUGCGCUCUGUCAUGGAGGAAACCCAGAAUUUCAUCGCUGUGGAACUGGUCGAGUGGAGAUUGGUGAUAGCCGGUGUGCCUUUCAAGAAUUCCACUCCCCUGAAUUCCAUGUCCAAUGGACGUGAUUCUCUGGAGGCGGAAGCCAAGGACGCUACCCCAGGCGCGGUGCCAAGUGUCAUCGGUACCUCGCGCGCUUCGGAUGAGAGUACUGCCUCGGGCGUUCAAACGUCUUAUGGUAGCUCUUCGUCUUCGUCGAUGAUGUCGCUUGGACAACGAGUUGGAGCUCUAGCGCUUGUGGCCCAGAGUGCCGGUGGCUUUGCAGCUGCCGGUGAUCUUGGAUUUCAGGUCACCCGGACAAUCAUCCCGUCGCGUAUUGUGUCAGUCGACCAAGAUGACGUUGAGAUGGCAUCGUCGGUGCACUCUGAUCCAGAGAUCGCACCCAGGAAGGCCGGUCUCCCCAGGAUUUCAGCCACGACUUCCGAGCCGAAACUCAGGGUUUCCGCCCCGAUUGCUGGAUUUGGUGGUCCAAGGGAUGUCAGCGCUGAUGAGCGAAGUCAACACCAGAGCUCUAAGAGCGAGAAUAUCACCUGCGUCGAGCCGCUCGAGUGGAUCCAGGAAUCUUGGAUCCAGGAACUUACGGAUCGCUUGGUCCACGCUGAGAUCGCCCGAGGAGAAGCGGAACGGCGUGCGCAGGACGUGGAGGCUCGCCAGACCCAGAGUUUCACUGAAACUCAGGGGAUGACCCAGAGUAUCACGGAAGCUGUACGUCUUGAGCGUGAGCGCCUGGAUGCCGCCUACGCCGAGCGCUGGCGACGGCACGAAGCCGAAGCCGACUCGGAGCGCGCGCGCUGGGUUUCCGAGACCUACGCCGGUUGGAAGGAACAAAUGUCAACUGUGGAGCAGAAGGUCCAAGAACUUGAGGCGGAGAAAGAACGAGAGCGGGAGGCUUCCGAGAAUAUCCAGCGCUUCCACGCUGGCCAAGUGCGCGACCUUCGGGCAACAUUGGCCCAAGUUCAAGCGCGUCGCGCAACCGUCGCCCCUGAUUUGGCAACAAAUGUGAGGUCGUCAGUGGCUCAGAAUCCUGAAGUUGCAACCCGACCCCAAGAAUCCAGUGGCGUAAUCAACGGAAACGCAAGUGUCACAGGCCAGAGACGGGAGACAGCUGAUCCGAAGAACACUUCCGAAGUCGCCGCCUCCCAGCUAAGAGCGACCCUCGCGCAGACUUCCGCCGACACUUCCGGCAGAAUCGCGCGCGUCAAGCGGGGACAUGGCGCUACGGAGACCAAGGUGACGAAGGAUGUCAAGCUCGAGCCUGUGUCUCUGGGGAAGACGUCGGAUCCCAGGAGAACAGCGACCUCUAAGGCCUCGCAGGACUCUAAAACAGACUCCAAGCGCUCUGCACCCAAGAAACACCAGCAGAAGAAGAAGCGUCAGGAUGUCAAUCCACCCUCGGACUCAGACCCAAGCUCCGAUUCCAGCGACGAUGGCUCGUCCUCUGAGAGUUCGGAUGACAGUUCGGACGGGAACCCUGGGGUUAACCUGACGACGGCCUCUACGGCUCAAGCUGGCACUACGCUCCUGACGUUCAGACCGUACAUCAACUCGAAUACUCUGGGUGGGUUCGAUACUAAGGCGUCACUCAGGGAACGCGUGCGUUGGUGGGGGCGUUUUGCGAACGUGGCGGCUCAGGGAGGUUGGUCUACGAAGAUGCGAAUUCAGGAACUCAAGUUGAAACUCUCGGGAGCUGCGCGUGACUGGUUCAACCAGUUGCCCAAACACACUCAGCGUGACUGGAAGGAGUUGGCGUCUGCAUUCAGGAAGAACUACUGCAAAGCGCGCUCGUCGUACUCUGAACGUUACUUCACGAUGGAGAUGAAGAACUCAGAGAGCGCCCUGGAUUUCUUUUAUCGUCUGAAUUCCGCCGCUGGGAAGGCUGACAUUGACUUUCGCAAGUCUUCGAAGCGUCUGGAGAAACACAUCCGGAGGUUCAUCACGAAACUCAGGGACACGCGCCUCAAGACGUCGCUGCAGGGCCAGAGAUUCAGGAGUAUCGCUGAUCUAGAGUACGCUCUGGAACAGGACGAAGAUGUCUGGAGCCGCAGCGACCAUGAUGCUCCGCCACCCAGAGUUCGUGCAUUCCUCAGGGACGUUUCAAGCAGAAGCGACAAGGACGUGCACGAAGACCCUGAAAUUCACGCGCGUUUCCAGGAAAUCACGGACGAACCCAGAGUUUCAGCCCGACGUGCGAGCGCGAAUUCAGGGUCAACUCGUGAGAUCUCUGGAGAAGAAGCUUCUACGCCUAGCGCUGGGAGUCUGGCGAGUAUGAAGGGUGCCGAGUGGACUCAGACGCUGACGAACGAGGUCUAUCGCGUGAUGGAUAACAUGGGAUGA